AUGGAUGAGACAAUUCAUCGCGAGGCCCAGGAGAUCGAGCUUUCGUGGCAGAGCUUUGUUGGACCGUGGCAUCCAGGGACCGAACCAAGCGAUUCAUUUUGGAAGAAUGUUUUGGGUCUAUGGGAGCGGGCUCCCAACUGGCACACUAUGACAGAGCUCAACCGGCGAUAUCUCCAACGCAGAUUGCCCGUUUGUGCCGGGUAUGGAUCGCCCCCUGACAGGGAGACUGACUCUUUCAUGAACCUCCUUCGCCUGCACGACUACGGAAUUAUUUCCACAAAUUCAUGCCCAGGAUGGGAGGAUCAGCUUGAUGAUUCCCCGGCCUUUACUCGCCAACGCGCCUACUUGAACUUCAGCAUCCCAACUCGUACCUUGAUUGCAAAUAAUCCCAAGGCAUUGAACAAUUUCAUUGAGAAGUUGAUGAAGUCAAACGAGCUGUACGCCUUCAUCCGUUUCAAGUACGACAACGCACCGAAUGGAGUUCAACGAGAUCCGCAGAUUACUAAACUGAUGAAAUUCGGAUAUUGUUGUUCCUUUCCAGAUUCUGCAAGCAAGGAGUGGAAGGAGGAGAAGUGGGAUUCAGCCACUAAUCAUCGCAAAGAAGUUACCCGCUAUCACGUCCCCCAAGAACAAAUGCGUCAAGAUUCUCAGGCAUGGGAACCUCAUGGAGAUAUCGAUGUCGAUAGGUCUGGCUCAGGUUUCGACGACGACGAUGACCCCUUUCCAGCCAGCCGCGCAGAAGAUCCUCUGCAAAUCUCUGUUUUCGCCAAAGACUGGUCCUACAGAGAGAUUGGGCAGCUGAUCGAGGGACAUUUGAUCGACUCAGGGAUCGUGCCCGGAUUCGUGGCUGGCGGUUAA